UACAGCUCUAGCCAGCUGUUCGCGCAUAUGUGUGGGUGCGGAUUUAUUCAUAGCUAAAGGAAAAUUGGCCGUUUCGGGGAUAUAGGAUUUUACAUAAGGGCAUGCCCGUACACACCUAGCGCCAUAGAUCAAGAUCGGGUCGGAUCUAUUUCCCCAACUCCGGAUAUUAGAACAAGAAUAAAGGCGACGGGUGCUCCGCGUGCGUGGGGGUGUGUGUGUAUGUUGGUGUAUAAAUGAAACAAGCAACUGAGAAAAUAUAACCAAAAAUAAAUCCGAGGUGCUCUGUUGCACGCGAGGGCUCUCAGUCCUCCCAGAUUAUCCCACAAGGAGCAACACACGCUUCUGUAAGACCCGAUCCAGUCGCUUUAUCGCGUUCAGGUUCAGACUAGGAUGGCGGAUACCCAGGCAGCUGCGGCUGGAAAGAAGAAGUACAAGAACAAGAAGAAUUCGGUGGAAAAGAAUCCCAAUCCUAGUGGCCAGGUUGAGCCACAGGCACCAAGCAAUGGGCAUGUCCAGCAUCAGACGAAUGAGGCGACAGAGAGUCGGGAGCCGGAAAAGGGGCUUAGGGUCCGGCUAAAGGAGCUUGACCUCUGCAAUGGCCAUGGCGCCUCGGAACAGGAUUUUAGACUGGUGGAUGUACCAGUGGAGGUCCUUAUUGGCUAUACACAUGGCCACAGUAACAACAAUCACAUACGAAACACUAGCGGCAGCAAUAACAAAAGCAGUCACAACAACAACAGCGUGGACAACAGCAACAACAACCGCAAGUAUCGGAGAGAAGGACGAGGAGGAUCAGAUUCAGAUGCCUCCAAUUCAGCAGAAAAACUCAUAAGAGCUACCAACAAAGCCACUGCCAACACACAAACAACCACAGCGACGGCCACAAAAGCAACAGCAUCGGAAGAGGUGGCUGUCGAAAAGGAUUUACAAGUUGUGACAGUGUGUCCCAUUACCAAUGAGGAGAGGCAGAUCUCCUCCUCUUCCACAGAGGAAGCUACGCCAACCAUUACAUCAGAGCCCCAGCUGUUAGAACCUGCCAUUUCAGCCAGUCAGAUCGUAUACAAAGAAUACGAGGCUGAGCACCAAAUGCAUGUAAGUAUAAUCCCUAAAAUCAAGCUCUGUUUUAUACUAAUCCCUCGAUACAUGCAGGACAUAAUGCGACUGAUUCAGGCGGAACUAUCCGAACCCUACUCAAUAUACACGUACCGCUACUUCAUCUACAACUGGCCAAAACUCUGUUUUCUUGCAUCGCACGACAAUCAAUAUGUAGGCGCUAUUGUGUGCAAGCUGGACAUGCACAUGAACGUGCGGCGCGGGUACAUCGCCAUGUUGGCAGUGCGCAAGGAAUAUCGCAAGCUUAAGAUCGGCACUACACUGGUCACUAAGGCCAUAGAGGCAAUGCUAGCAGACAAUGCCGAUGAGGUAGUGCUGGAAACGGAGAUGCGGAACCAGCCGGCUUUGCGGCUCUACGAGAAUUUGGGCUUUGUGCGUGAUAAGCGGCUGUUCCGCUACUAUCUUAAUGGAGUAGACGCGCUAAGGCUGAAGCUUUGGUUCAGAUGAGUGGAUCCGGCGGCUGCCGUUGAAAUUGUUGUCUAAGUAGCCGCCGAAGAUGUCGAGAUCUCCUCUGCGAAAGAACAGAGCGGUCCGCUCGUCCUAACCAGCUGGCAGCUUGUUUCGGCGCACUCUUUUUUGUAUCUAUUUACCUAGGAAGCAUCGUAAUAUCAGUUUUUCGCAGGCCCAACUUACCCCGCUCCUUGUCUCUCUUUCAUUUGUAAAUUAUUCUAUUAUGUAGCAGCAAAAGUAUAUCUGCAGAUCAAAUCAGUUUACCAGGAGCAGAUCACAAUGGACCCAAUCUUUAUAUUUUUGCAGAACGCACUUUUGUAUGCAAUACGUGAUUUACAUGCAUAAAAAUAAACAUUUAAAUCGUAA